GAGGGGGUACGGAGCACAGCGACUCUCAGGGAACAAAGAGCCGGAUCUGGGGACUGGAAUACCGGGGGUCUCCCGGAGCAGCGCCGGUAACCUGGAUGAGGAUGAGCGGGGGAGACCCGGGGAACAGCCGGCUCCGGUACCGCAGCGGGAAAUAAUCCUGAUCGGAGGAUGGACGGGAGGCGGCGAGUCUGAGCUGUGAGCGCUGCCCCCGACCCCCCGACAUCCCCGGCACCUGAUGAGCGGCAGGCCGCGGCGCUGAGCUCCAGACAUGGCGGCCGCGAUCAGCUACAGUCCGCCCUGGUGGGUGACCCUGCUGCACCGCCUGCCGCACCUCAGCCUCAACUGGGACUUCAUCAGCGGAGACUUCAAGCCGGAGGACACCGACUACCAGCAGUCUUUGAUGCUCCUGAGCUGUGUGGCCCUAGCCUGCCUCGCCCUCGAUCUCCUCUUCCUGCUCUUCUAUUCCUUCUGGUUCUGCUGCCGUCACCGUAAGACAGAAGAAAACACAAAUGCGGAUUGUUGCUGUACCGCCUGGUGUGUUAUCAUCGCCACCCUAGUGUGCAGUGCUGGCAUCGCUGUGGGUUUCUAUGGCAACGGGGAGACCAGCGAUGGCAUCCACCGAGUGACAUAUUCACUGAGACAUGUCAACCGUACCGUGGCAGGAAUCCAGGAUCGGGUCUCGGAAACCACCAUAGCUCUAAACCAAACAGUGGAACCAAAUCUACUAGAACUGGAAGCCAUGUUUACAAAGCAGACAGAUUACCUGCACAUCGUUCAGAAACUUCAGGGUCUCUUGUACACACUGGUGCAGCAAACCACUGACAUCCCCUUCUGGAAGAACCCCAACAUUUCCAUGGACGACCUGGCGGCCCAGGUGGACUUGUAUGACUGGUACAGGUGGUUGGGAUACCUGGGCCUGCUCCUUUUUCACGUCUUCAUAUGCCUGUUGGUGCUGUUCGGCCUUAUACGUAACUCAAAGGCCAUUCUGGCAGGUGUAUGCUUCCUGGGGGUCCUGGCACUGAUCAUCAGUUGGGCAUCCAUGGGCCUGGAGCUUGCCGUGGCUGUGGGCUCCAGUGACUUUUGUGUGGAUCCUGACAAAUACGUGGCUAAAGUUGUAGAAGAGAAAUCGGUCUUGAGCGCAGAAAUUGUGAACUACUAUCUGUUCUGUAACCCGGGAUCUGUUAAUCCUUUUCAGCAGAUGUUGUCGAGUGGCCACAAAGCCCUGGUGGAGAUGCAGGAUGAUGUUCUGGAUCUCCUGAGGUCUGCAGUCAAGGAUUACCCCAAGUCCAUGGAAAAACUUGUCAACAUUCAGGGAGUCCUGAACUCCACAGAGAUCAACCUGCAGCAUCUUACGGCUCUGGUGGAUUGCCGCGGUUUACAUCUGGAUUAUGUCCAGUCUCUCACUGGUUUCUGCUAUGAUGGAGUAGAGGGGCUUAUCUACCUGGUGCUCUUCUCCUUUGUCACCGCCCUGAUGUUCAGCUCUAUAGUCUGCAGUGUGCCCCAUACCUGGCAGCAGAGGAGGGGCAGCUAUGAAGAUGGCGAGGAGGAGGCCACCACACCAGGGACCCGACAGACUCAUGACAACCUCUACAGGGUGCACAUGCCAAGUUUGUACAGCUGUGGGAGCAGCUAUGGCAGCGAGACGAGUAUCCCAGCGGCCGCGCAUACCGUGAGCAACGCCCCUGUGACAGAGUACAUGAGUCAGAAUGCAAACUUCCAAAAUCCCCGCUGUGAAAACACUCCUCUGAUUGGCCGUGAGUCACCUCCUCCUUCAUUGUAUUUGGCUGCGAUGGACAGUAGCAGCCAUUUGAGCUGGCAGUUUAAACCCUCGGACAGUGCUCGGACGUACUGGUAACAUCGCUCUCUAUUGGAACAGUACACGUCAAGCAUGAGGGCAAAGUAUCUGGCUACUAACCGCCCGGAAUCGGAGGCUCGCUAAGAAGCGGGAGAUACAGAUGUCCAUCUGCCAUAGUCCCAAACUCCUCCUGCUGUGUGGUUCAGUGUGUCUACAAAUAAAAUGUUGGCGUUCCCAGACCACCCCACCUGUACUUUUAUUUUGCCUUCGAACCCUGACUCCUAUCCACGGGAAAAACAAAGAAAACCGAAACGUGAAAUUCGUAAUGUGAUGUUUCCACUUCUUGGGCUGUUCCCAACCCCAAUGAGGAGCUCAUCUCUUGUCUUCAGUCCAGGAAUCGUAACCAUGUUUUAUUUUAUUUUUUUUUAAUCUCUGUAUUGAGGCCUCAUUCCUUCUAGGUUAGUGGUCUCCAAACUGUGGCCCUCCAGCUGUUGCAAAACUACCACUCCCAGCAUGCCCGGACAGCCAUCGGCUGUCCGGGCAUGCUGGGAGUUGUAGUUUUGCAACAGCUAGAGGUCCACAGUUUGGAGACCUUUGCUCUAAGGGGUCUUUUAUUUCUCAUAUUUCUUUCAUUUUACCUUAAUUUUUUUGUUUUGUUUGUUGUUAAGACGUGCAAUUUUAACUAUUUAAAAAAAAAAAUCAACAUGUAAAAUUGUAACAUGUAGCAUUUUAUUUUGUAUUCUUUUUACAAUGUCCAUAAGUUUACCUAUGGUUUUAAAUGUUAUCUUCGUCCUUCCCCUUGCAUACAAAGCCAAUGUUUUGUUUUCAGUAUUACAUGUCAUUUUUAUUUUAUAUAAUUUUUUGUUGAAAUUUUUUUGAAAACCACUUAAUAUGAUUACUAUUGAAAUUACAUUUUUAGUAAAAAAAAAGAAAAAAAAUGCACUAAACUAGUAGCAGGGUCGGCAGCAAUUUUUGUCACCAAUGACCAGACUUUCUGUGCACAUUCCGAGUUGUAGUUUGCAUGUAGUGUUGGACUCAUCAUGCCGAGGUGCGUUACUGCAUUUUGUCCCUCUGUUAUAAUGCCUGUGGUUCCAUGCUCUGUAAUAUGAUGUACUCGUCCGCUGUUGGUUUUCAUUACUGGAAGUUUACCAACUCUAACCCCCCAAGUCCACUACAGUUACUAUCAAGUCAGUAUCAUAUACCGGUACACCACCUUAUCUUGACUUCCUGUCUGAGUGACAAUCAUUCCUUAAAGGGGUACUCCGUCGCUAGACAUGUUAUCCCCUAUCCAAAGGUUGACUGGAGUGCCGCUGCAGAGAUCGCAGGGGUCCCCACAGAUCUGCAGCCAGCAGAGAUGAGGGAGGGGGCGUGGCCGUAGAGAUCUGCAUCCAGGCGAGCUCAGGGAGGGGAGAUGAGGGAGGGGGCGUGAACCUCCUCCCUCCCCUUGCUCUGCCCUCCCCCAGCUCUAGCUUCGGAAAUUUUCGGAGAGCUGGGGGAGGAGCGGACGCAUGGAUGGGGCGCAAAAAACCACCUCACACCGGAUGACUGUCGAACACAGCCGCCACCCACCUGCAAUCAUGUCUAUUGGAGGAGGCGUGACUGCUCUGUACUAGCAGUCACGCCUCCCCCAAUAGACAUGAAUGGAGGGGGCGUGGCAUGGCGUCAGCGCCGGCCUUGAGAUCUCGAAGGGUCCGACAUGGGGAUCAGGCAUGUUAUCCUCUAUCGUUUGGAUAGGGGAUAACAUGUUUAGGGGAAGAGAGUACCCCUGUAAGGGAAACUCCAGCUUUUAAAAACAUAUCCUAUCCUGUGAUUAGGGGAUGUGUCUAAUCGCCAGGGGUCCGACCAUGGGGCCACACAUGAUCUCCAGAAUGAGUCCUGACUCGCCUCCCUGUGCACUGAUGCCCCCCAUUCUGAAAGGAACUGGUUUUGGCAGUGACAGGCUGCUCAGUCAGUCAUCGGCCGCAGCGGUGUCCUGCGCCAGUGUUUGGCUGGGCUAAUCGUCACUUCGGAGACCAGUUUGUCUUAGAAGGUGAGGGCCAGAGAGCGCUCAGGGAGAUAAGUCAGGCCUUGUUCUGGAGAUUGUAGGGGGCCCCAGUGGUAGGACCCCCGGCAAUAAUAAGGGACCCAGCUCUCAGACGAAUGCUUUUCCCCGCUCCUUUUAGUGAUCAGUGGGAGUCCCAGUACCUGGACCCCUAAAGAUAAAAAACUUAUGACAUGUGAGUCAGGCCCUGUUCUGGAGAUCCAGAGGUCAAGCCCCCGGCAAUCAGACACUUAUUUCCUAUUCACAGGAUAAAAACUAAGGGACCUAGCUCUUAGCCGAAUGCUUCUCCCCACUUGUUUAGUGAUCAGAGUCCUAGUACCCGAUCAAAAUGUAUGACAUGUCAGAAGUUUUUUCAAAGCGAUAGGUACCCUUUAACUUUCCAUUUCCUAAACCAGAGACUUCAUCUCCAUGUUACCCCAGUCUGUCUUAGGACCAUCUUACCCCUGCAACAAAAAGCUUGAGAAAUUUCUUGCUUGAGAAAAGGAUUUGGGGAAAGUGCAGGAAUAAUGGCCAAUCCCAUCUCAGAAAUUGUUCCCCUUUCUACCAAUGCUGGUGUAAAGCAGUAACCACUCUUCGUAGGACCAUGUAGCCAGUGUUGCCUUUGACUUUUUUUUGCCAGGUGUGUUCAACAGAGCAGCUGAUACCCGCUCUUUUACGAAAACCACUAUAUAUCUCCGAAGAGAAGUUAAACAGACCAUUGUUAUUCUGACUGGGGUUUACCCACUUGGCACUGCUAAACGUGAUUUACUACUAAAGCAUAGACGGGUGAUGUAAUGCAUGAACACCUAUGACCCUGUGGUAGACUGUGGAACAUGACCGUAUUUUAGUUGGCAAAUAAUGGAAAACAGGGGUCUACUUUACACAAUAGAACAUAAUACAAUUCAUCUUCCUUCCUUAUAGCUACAUUGUAUAAACUGUUGGUGUGUCCUCCUUCACUACCAUAAUCGAUGUCUGUUUGCUCCUAUAAAUGCCAUAUAUUCGCCUCUUGCUUUGUUUUACCUGGGGACUGGCAGCUUUCAUGGUUUUUGGUCCUACUUUUACAGAUACAUUUGUAUUAUUUAUUUGUUUUCUUAAUCUUAUGGCCCUACCGGACAUGAGAUUUAAUUCAGGAGGACGUGUUGUUACAGCUGGAUCUUAUGGAAAAAAUAACCUCACCGCCUACACUCAAGACGUCUACAACUGGAGAUUUCCAACUUCUAUCACUGGUGCUAAAGCUGUUGAGCUUCAUCAUACAAUGUCUCUGUCAGCUACCAGAAAGCUUUGUGGAAUAGUAAUGGGAUUUUUUUUGUUGCUGUACAGAUAUUUCCUAACCCUUGUAAUGGGAUGUGAUAUGUACAUCGUCUAUGUACCGCACCUCACUUUUACCAUGGACUUGUGCCAUUUUGGAGAAAACACAAAUGACUCCUUUUCAUGAUAUAAAUAUGAUAUCAAAUGAU